GAAACUAUCCGUCAACUUCUCGUUUUCAAUUUGGCCGCCGGCUGUCACCGUUGGCUAUGGACGGAGAAGACAAACCGGAUCGCGGGUUGUUGUUCUCCCCGUUAUAGCCGUUGCGGAUGGAACAACAACAUCAGCCAUCAAGAACAUUGAUAAUUAGCAUCGUUAUUUUACGUUUAUCGAUUUAAUCUUCGCUUUUCGAAUAAUUUAUUGUCGUUUCGAUUUGAUUCGAUGUCGGAAGAUAAUAUCCGGAAUGCUGUUGUAUGUCUGCAUGGCGACCUUGAACUGAAAAUCGUCGAAGCUCGAUGCCUACCGAACAUGGAUUUACUGUCGGAGCGGCUCCGACGAUGCUUCAAGCCAUUAGACCCGUUUAGUAGACGGAAGAAGAAUCAUCGCCCCCGUAAGAUAAUCACCAACGACCCUUACGUAACGGUCUGCCUAGCAGGUGCCACGGUAGCACGGACGCGCGUGGUUUCGAAUUCGCAAAACCCCGUUUGGAACGAGCGCUUUAAGAUCCCCCUGGCCCAUCCGGCAAAUCUGUUCGAGUUUUACGUUAAGGAUAAUGACGUGUUCGGCGCUGAUUUGAUAGGAGUAGCCACCGUACCAGCAGCUGAUGUCCAGGACGGCGUACGGAUUAGCGGUUGGUUCCCUAUAUUAACCUCUUACGGGAAACAGCCAAAACCCGACUGUUCGCUUCACCUGGAAAUGAAAUUCACCGGAUGCGAGGAAAUGCCAGUUUUCAAAUACGGAAACGCGGCAAACCCGAACGAAUUCGGAUUCGGAAACUGUUAUUUCCCCGCCCGGCACGGAGGUUCAGUUACUCUAUACCAAGACGCGCACGUUAUGAAAUCGACGCUGCCGGAGAUUGAGCUGGAGAACGGGACGGUGUUCAAGCACGAACCAUGUUGGGAAGACAUUUGCCAUGCAAUUUUAGAAGCGCAUCAUAUGGUUUACAUCACGGGAUGGUCCGUAUUUCAUGAAGUGAAGCUCGUGAGAGAGCCGACGAGGCCGCUGCCUAAAGAUGGGGUUAUGAGUUUGGGGGAUCUGCUGAAGAACAAAUCGCUGGAAGGGGUUAGAGUUCUGGUGUUGGUUUGGGACGACAAGACUUCCCAUAGCAAGUUCUUCAUCAACACCGCUGGAGUGAUGCAAACACAUGAUGAAGAAACUCGGAAGUUCUUCAAGCACUCGUCCGUUACAUGUGUGUUGUCCCCUCGAUAUGCCAGCAGUAAGCUUAGCAUUUUCAAGCAACAGGUUGUCGGAACCCUCUUUACGCACCAUCAGAAAUGUGUGAUUGUGGAUUCACUUGCAUCCAGAAAUAACAGAAAGAUCACUGCUUUUUUAGGAGGUCUGGAUCUUUGUGAUGGUCGCUACGAUACUCCCGAGCAUCGACUGUUUCGGGACCUUGAUACCGUGUAUAGAGAGGAUUUUCACAACCCCACAUUUUCUGCAGGAAUUCAGUGUCCAAGGGAACCUUGGCAUGACUUACAUUGUAAGGUUGAAGGACCGGCUGCUCAUGAUAUACUUAAGAACUUUGAGCAGCGUUGGAGGAAAGCCACAAAAUGGGCUGAGCUCGGACGGCGAUUGAAGAGGGGUAGUAAGAAUGAAGAGUCUUUAUUAAAACUGGAACGAAUUUCUUGGAUACUAAGCCCUUCUGAGACAGUUUCACAGGAUGAUCCUUCAUUAUGGGUUUGCAAGGAAGGAAAUGCAGAGAACUGGAACGUUCAGGUUUUCCGGUCUAUAGAUUCAGGAUCUGUGAAAGGGUUCCCUAAGGAUGUUUAUCAAGCAGAUGCUGAGAAUCUUGUUUGUGCAAAAAAUCUAGUUAUAGACAAGAGCAUUCAAACAGCAUACAUCCAGGCAAUUCGAGCUGCUCAACACUUCAUAUAUAUUGAGAACCAAUAUUUCAUUGGAUCAUCGUAUGCUUGGCCAUCUUACAAAGCAGGUGCUGAUAAUUUGAUUCCCAUGGAGUUGGCACUGAAGAUUGCUAGUAAGAUAAGAGCGAAAGAGAGAUUUGCAGUUUAUAUUGUUAUACCGAUGUGGCCUGAGGGUGUCCCUACUUCAACAUCUGUGCAAGAAAUUCUCUUUUGGCAGGGGCAGACAUUUAAAAUGAUGUAUGAAAUCAUAGGAAAAGAGUUGAAAUCUAUGCGUAUGGAGGAUUCUCAUCCACGAGACUACCUAAAUUUCUAUUGCCUCGGUAACCGGGAAGAAGUUCCAUCGGACUUUAAUUGGUCAACUUCAUGCUUGUUAUCUCCUACAGGUGACACGAUUUCAACUUCACUAAGGUUCCAACGGUUUAUGAUUUACGUACACGCAAAGGGAAUGAUAGUAGAUGAUGAGUAUGUGAUAUUGGGGUCUGCUAAUAUUAAUCAACGAUCGAUGGCUGGUUCAAGGGACACCGAGAUAGCAAUUGGUGCAUGUCAACCCUAUUACACAUGGAAAGAGAGGAAGAGACAUCCACGCGGUCAGGUUUAUGGUUACAGAAUGUCACUGUGGGCUGAACACAUGCACGUAGUGAAGGAUUUGUUCAAGGAACCUGAAAGUUUGGAGUGUGUGAAGACUGUGAACAGCAUUGCUGAAGAAAACUGGGAAAGAUACUCGAGCAACGAAUUUAAGUAUUUACAAGGGCACCUGCUGAAAUACCCCGUUUUGGUAACUAGAAGUGGUAAAGUAGGCCCGGUGCCUGGAAAGGAGACCUUUCCGGACGUUGGUGGCAAGAUUCUCGGGUGUCGAUCAACACUUCCCGAUGCUCUUACUACGUAGGCUUCCAUAAUUUUUGUAAGAGUACUCAAACUGACACUGAAGAAGGGGAGAUAAGGCUGGGGCAACUCAACUUCUUCGUACAAAAAAUAGUGCAGAUUACACGAC